AUCAUCAGCCAUCAUCUAUCUUGAGUGACAGCAUUAACGAGUGUCAUUGUCAGCUCUUCAUCGCUUGAUCAAUCGUCCAUUUGUUUGCUGCAACUAUGCCUCGUUUCUGGCUCUUUGUUUCCUCACUGUACUUGCUGCUGCUGGUUGCAUCGGCACCAGUCUGUCAAUCAUGGCGCUUGUUUCCUGCCAUUCGGUUUCGAGGAGGAGGCUUUCGAAUGACCAGAGGCAAUGGUGGUGCUAGCAGCAGUUGGACCAAAAGCGCUGCUUCGAUUACCAAAAUACUGAAAGAAUUGGAUUUCCUCAAUAGCAAACUGGACGGAAGCGUCAUUGUCGUGGGUCAUGACAACCUAGGCAAGGACACUCUACUCAGUGACUUGUAUGACAAGGAGGGUGGUCUAACAUGGAUGAAACCAACGCCAGUACCACUUGCCAUUGUCCAAGUGGCUUCCGAGUCGGAUGUUGCCGUGGCGGUGCCCAUCUUGGUUCGUCUUCAAAAAGACUUUGGCAUUCCAUUUCGAAUCCGAUCGGGAGGACAUCAUUACAAUGGCUACAGUUCGGUGGAAAUGGGGAUUGUGCUGGAUAUUGGAACGAACCUCAACAAGAUUACGCUGUGUCACAAUGAUAAUAAUGGUAGUGAGGAGGAACCAUUGGCGUGGAUAGAACCCAGCGUCAAUGGAGGAGACAUUUGGAAACAACUGAUUCAAAAACACAAACUCGCCGCCAUUAUGGGAGGAUGUCCGGCGGUCAAUCAAGGCGGGUUUCUCCUCGGGGGUGGAUUUUCCUACUGGUCCCGGUUAUACGGAUUGGGAUGCGAUCGCAUGGUAGCAGCCCGUGUAGUACUGGCCAAUGGGACGAUUGUCACGGCCAAUGCCACCAAUUCACACAGCGACUUAUUCUGGGCAUUGCGGGGUGCCGGGUCGGCAGGGCCCAUUGGCGGAGUCGUGACAUCAUUCCAGGUGAAACUCUUUCCCACACAAGACGAACAAGUGUACGGCAUGGGCAAAAUUCCAUCGGUCGAAGAAGCCGCACAUUAUUUGACCAAUAUUGGGACGCGAACCAAUCUACCAGGAAAUGCCGGGAUUACGUUAUUCUUGUUUCCCAAACAGUUUUAUGGUGACGAGUGGCUUUCCGUGUACAAUUGGUAUGACAAUGGCAUUCCACAACUGCAAACCGGAAUGACCUUGUUGAAUGCAACCUUUCGGGAUGCCUUGUUACAUCCCGACACGGCCCGUGGUUUUGGCAUGGAGAUCCAAUCCGGAACGGAACAUUCCAAAAUGGGUCUCAUGGAAGGACGUCUCUGGCAAGUAUGGAAUGGAUUCCUCAUGCCAGAACAAUGCAACACGCAAACUUGGACCAAACUAUUGACUAUCAUGAGGGAGAUGCGAGAUGCGUGUGAAGGCUACGUCACUAUUGAAGUCUUGCUGUGGGGCGGUGCCAUUUCCGAUGUUUCACCCAGCGAAACUGCAUUCUUUUGGAGACGGGGCAUUUACAAUAUUUGCGUCAAUCUCGGUGUUCCCGCCCAUGUGGAAAACGCCGAGGUCAUUUUUGAACGUCAUCGUGCCUAUCUCAGCCGAGCGUGGCCCAAAGUCAACAAGUAUCUCCAGGGGGCGUACUAUAAUUAUCCAGUGCAGGGCAAAAAGGAAGGGAAUUCCGAUGUGUACUUUGGAGGAAAUGUUGCAAAGCUGAGGAAAAUCAAAAAGCAAUACGACCCGGACAAUGUGUUCCAUCACCCCCAGAGCAUUGAUUGAUCCUUGCGGUUUGCUCCUUUCGGAUCAUCACACGCGCUCUUGACAUCAUCUCUGAGCCAUCAUACCGUACCAGCACCAUGGUGCAGCUUCAUUGUAUAAAAUGCAGGCGAAGCGGCAAAACCUCGGAAAGCAAUGAAACGACCGAGGGCAAUGCUCGUGUUUGGCUCCCGUCCAUGAAGAGAAUAGCUAGCAUUUGUCUGGCUAGCAAGUUUGGCUUCCUCUAGCUAGAUACAACUUAUGUAUAGCAGCGCUUUCCUCUCAUGUGUACCAUUCCCUAACAGAUAGAUAUGCCCUAAUCGCG